AUGGCGGGAGAAAUCAUGAAUUCUAUUCAACUCUACUACGUAUUCGUAUAUUUCCAUACAGCAACAUCACUACUUACAACCACAAGUCCAGAAACAUCGACAUAUACAGUUUCUGCACCGGCUCAGCAGUCAUCAACUAAUGGUUCUUUUGCUGCCAAUCUUGGUUGUGAUGACGACAUGGAGACCUUCUCUCUAACCAAUGAUGGAGUUAAUCAGUCCUGGUCUCUUGAAUUAGACAAUAUUUAUACGAUUAAUUGGAUCUUUCUUUCCGUUGGUGCUGUAUGUCCGGCAGGUCGCUAUGGACCAAACUGCGCUAAAUGCAGGAAGGAGUGUGUGUCCUGUAGUCCUAUAACAGGUGUCUGUAACCAAUGUCAUGGACCGUUCUGUGGUGACUUCUGUCAGCACCAAUGUCCAGCAAACUGUCUCAACGCUACGUGUGACCAGACAUCAGGGACAUGUGAGAGCUUUAUAGAGGGUUACUAUGGAAUGAAGUGUGAUCAUGAAAUCACUACACCUUCAACAUUAAAUGAACUUCAUUCUGGAUUUACCCCAAAAGUCUUUGGAUCACCUUGUGUCACGUGUAACCAUGACAUUCAUGUGUGUAUGUACUGUGCAGCGCAUCAGCAUUUACACACAAUGACAUGUCAAUACAGAUGUAGCGAGAUUUGCUCUAGUGACGAUUGUUUUGGAAUGGAAAAUAACUGUACCAGCGGCAUUACGAAGAAAAACCAAUUCCACAUUGAUAAGUACAGAAGACUGGAGUCAAAUUCGUCUAAGGAUCAGUGCUAUCUUCAGGUAGAUGAUCCUUAA